AUGCAGAACCAUCAAGCUAUUCUCAGGCUACGGUAUGUUCGAUGUAUCUUGGUCUACGAUAUCAAUGCAGAAGCAGAUUCCAUUGGCUUGAAUUCGAAGGGUGCUGGCCUCCGAUCCUUUUUUCUCAUUGGGAACCCCACGAAUUUUAAUGGCUGUCUCCAAUCGGACAGCCUUUUACCACAGAUUGAACUAGCACUAGACACACAAGCUAUUUUGGAAUCUAGCGGUUUCUGGCUGCCUUUAGCACAGUUCAUUCCGCAAUUGCCCUCGCUUUCAGAUUUACACUUCUUGCUUCCAACACAGUUUCCAAAGCUUUUGCUGGAUCAAAUCCAUAAGAUCAGACCAGACUGUCGCCUGCAUAUCGAUCGAUUCUUUCUGCUAAAUCUGGUCACUCCCUCCACAGAUUCGUACGAGUUUCUCCUGGCCUCGUCACCUUGUCUAUUCAGCCUCAAGACAAUCCAUGAGGGUGACGAUAAUCCCAACAUUGACAUAGCUUCCAGCUGCUACCAUGAAGAUGCUUUGGCUUGUAUGACCUCUGGUCUUGCACCAAACUUAAAAAAGGUUUCUUUGGUCUACCCUGUUCCAGGGACUAGUCCGGUAUAUUAUACACCGCCGCCGUGGAAAGGCUUUGGUCAGAGGGUAAGGGAAAAUCCCAAGAAGUCAUUGGGAAAUUUGCGAUUUCUUCGCUUUAAACACUGGUGGCGCAUCACUGAGGAUAGAAUGGACUAUUGGAAUGUGCACACGGAUUUUAAAAAAUUACAGUCUCUUGAAUUCGACGCAUAUCUUACGUCGGAUGUAUUGAGACAUCUAGCAACGAAGUUCCAGCUUCCCUGUCUGGAAACACUUGUUCUCAGCAAACUCCGAAAGGAACGAGACGACUCAGACGAUCAUGCGGAAGCAGCGAAUAAAUUAUUGAGAAGCUUGCCCCCGCUUUUGUCCCUGACUUUGGAUGGCUGGUACCCCGAGAUCUCGAUGGACGCGCUUGCCACUUUCCAUGGAUCUCGCUUAUUGGAGUUAAAGCUGCUUAACUAUCCUGGGGAGGACCUUACUCAAAACGAUCUAGAGGCACUUGGUCGCCAUUGUUUAUACCUUCGAGAAUUCACACUAAGCCUUCGCCGUUCGCAAGGACACUCGACAGAAGGAAAUUUGUACAAGGCUCUUGGAGCUCUACCGAGGCUCCAGUCAAUCUCACUUGAUCUACAUAUUGCCAAGACAUUCUCACCCAUGGAUAAUGAUGAGGAUGCCGACGGCAACCUAUUCAAUCCUUCGUUCGACGACGAAUUCGACAGAGGAAUUCCUUCCGAAUUGCUUGGAGAUGGUCCGGAUUCAUCAGAAGCUUGCAACGGUGCUAUGCGCGAACGACUGAUCAAUGGUGCGUUUGAUGGGAUACUUGCUCGGUCUAUAUUCGAGAUUAUUUCCUCUGGCAAGCCCCAAAUAUCUCUGCCAUUAGAGGAAUUAAAUGUUAAGAUUACUGAUGCCGGGAACUUUGGAAUGGUGAGCUGCCCAACACAUUUCUUAUCUGUGCUCUUCCAUUUGUGUCGCCCAUGGCGGAUCACUCGGGGUAUUCGUGAUGAUUGCCGGCACGAGAUACAGGUGGAAGUGACAGAACCAGUUCCGAGUCAGCUUCAACCACCGCCAAAAGCACUGGCAGGUUAUCUUAAAGCCAUCUGGCGUCGCGUCUGGCCAGAGAAGGUGUCAGAAGACUGGCGAUUCGAUUGGCAUAGUUUUCCUAUCUCUUAA